GUGUAGCGAUGUGUUUUAGUGCGGUAAAAAUCACAACCCGGGUAAGACAGCUUCGCUCGCCUAGAUACACCUUAUCCGUGUAACGUACAUUGACCAGGUCACAAGUCGUGUACGGUCGUACCUGUUUGCCCGGGUUUAGCACUCAUCGGCCGGCUGUGUAUAAUACGAAUAUAAAUGGUGAUUCAGCCAACGUAUCGAAGUUUCCGCCUCUUUGUCUCGCAAGUAUCAGAACUCGCGUUAUCCCGUGCCGUCAACACGCUGUGGCACCAAACUCUUUGGUCUCCGCGAAGACCUUGGUAAGCCUUGUGCCAGAUCUUGUUAUUGUAUUUUGUACAAUUAUUUCGCAUCACGGUUGGACGUGCAAUCGAGUGAGUGUUGCAGUUGCCAUUGAUUACAGACUUCCCGUAUAACUACACAACUGAUUGAAGGAAAGUUCUGGACGAAACGGGGAAACGAGGCUCGUGGCUGAUCGUUCGUGCAGAAUGAACGAGGCGCAAUAGAUUGGGUUCUCAAAGUGGAGAAUCAAGUCUCCAUGGAUUCAAGCGGCCCCGCGGUUAAUGCCGUGGGUGGUUGUGUCGCGGCAGCGGAAUACGUUUAUCGGCCACUGACAACUAAGCACAGGCGUGCUGGGAGUACGGGGACAACGGGGGACGAAGAGUACACGACCGACGAGGAAGAGCUCUAUCCGGAGGAAGCAGAGUGCUCAACGGGGACGAAUCAUCCGAUCCUCAAGUCGGACCUGGCUCGCGCGGCGACCGAUCUCUUUGGAUACGAGGCGAAGGAUAGUGGAAAUGACGACGACGAUGAACCCACGGGACUUUUUGACGAAGACGAGAAACAGUUCCAUUCUACCGAGGCAGCCAAGAGCUCUGGGAAGUCAACGACAUCGAGCACCUACAAUGAAGAGAAUACGUGGGAAGCCGCUUCACCGAUUAAGUCCGGAGAAGAGGCUCGGGUCUUCCAGGAUCCGAACCACUUCAAGACCAUUAACCGAUUCGACGAUCCCUCGUUGCGAAACACCGAGUCAUCGGAGAGCGUGAAAAACGAUUCCGAUCUCGAGUUUCGUAUGUGCAAGAGACCCGCAGGUUUAAUACUUGACCUCACCUACGGAGCACCCUCUACACAGGUAAAGGAACUGGUGGUGGAACCGUCGAGUGAUACCUCAGAAGCGGAUGGGUUCUCACAAGAUUCCACCACCAGCAGAAUUCUGCAUCCCGCGUCGACGAGACUCGCAUUCCCGCAACCGAGCUUGAAUCCAUUUUGCACUUCGCUGCACGAAGGCGAAACCAAAGUCGAUCCUCGGGGGGAACAAGAGGCUUCGCUGACGACCCGAUCGUUGCUGACCUCUACCGCUGCCGAGGUCGAGAAGUUUGUCAAGUCCGAGGUUGAAUCGCAGUCAAGGGAGGAGCUGGACAGCCUUCGACGUCUGUCUAACGUGGGAGGCUCCACAGGCUCGUCGACGACGGUACAUUGGGGCAGGACGGUGGCCGAGGUUAAGGAACACGCUAUUGCCAAACUACAGGACGAGCUAAGGCGAGCGCAUCAAGAGCUUAAACUCAAGGCCGAGGAAGUCACUAGGCUGUCCAGGAUCAGGCAAGACGUCGAAACCGAACUUGAGGAUCUCACUGCCAGUCUAUUUCAAGAGGCACACAACAUGGUGAGGGAGGCGAACGUACGACAGGCUACGGCUGAGAGGCUGCUGGCGGAAAGCCGGAUGAAGUCGGAAGUCCUUGCCGCCGAGGUAGCCGCUCUGAAGACCCUCGUCUUGACGUCGACCCCUGCUAGGCCAAACCCCCAUCUUCACCCGCAGAUUGACGGUCGAAGCCGCGAGGAGACACCCGGUGGAAUUUUCGCAAAACGGCACCGAAGAUCACCGUCACACUUUAAUUUGAAGUACGGCCGUGAGAACUCGCCGCCAGAAUCCCCGGUGAAGGAACAACGACCCUCUCUACCUGUUGAGCCGACCGAAGGUCGCGACCCCCGUGACGGCCUGGAGGUGGACCCGGUUGUUCACAAGGAAUUCCUACAGUGGAAGACUAACCCCUGUGUCGACAGAGCCGAUCCGUUCGUCAAGAGAAUAUUUCGCGAGGACAUCGACCUAUGCUUGGACUUUGCCAACAAGGAUCUCAGCGGAAAAGUUAGGCAGGCCGUUCUUGACGGGAUCGUGUUUGUCGAGGCUGUCAGUGACAAAACCAAAGUUGCCUUCCCCAAGAAGUGUGCGCUCCUUGAGGCACCGCGACAAUGUCACUACCGUAUGAGACUCGGCGAUCAAGAGAACCACUGGUACUCGAUAUCGCAGAUCUGUCGCAAUAGGAUUAUCGCUGUGUGCGACUUCCUGAAUUACCUACGAUACAUCGAGCGCGGUCUCGUCAAAAGCUCAGUUCACGACAUUUACUGGGAAAUCACCAGACUUCGGAAAGAGAUGGUCUUGGCCCGUUUAGGACUGGCACUUUCUUCCUGAAUCCUACAACGAUUUCAGUGUUCUCAUUGCAUCUAGGCGAACUGAUUUCAUUUUCACCAGGGUAGCUAGGCAAUGAAAUUGCCCGUAUAAAAAUGGCUACGUGCAUUGGUAAGAAACGUUCGAGUUCGCGUGUCUGAAAUUUGACAAAGGUACAGGUACGUGCGACACUAUAUAGUUAAAACCAGUCAUCUGUUGCACGUGUCUAUAGAUAGACGAUAAGUAUAAGGAUACAUGUGUAUAAUCAUAAACAAUCUCUUUGAUUUCACUAUUUUUAUAACUAUCCUACAAUAAUCUAGCUACCCUUUCGAUAUCUCACGACUUACAACGAAUAAGGAGGCCAAAAAAUUUGUGAUACAUGGCGGGGACAUACUGCAAGGAAUUGAUUCGAUUUUAUAUCGAUACACCUAUACGGCGUAUGGUGUUAUAGUUCGAGUUUAAAUAAGCCCCAUCGAGGUUUACGUUUAGUUUAAGUUUCGUCUCCCAUCCAGCGAAAUACUCUUAUUGUAUCCACAGAUACGUAUUAAUUAAAAACUCGGUCGAGUGCGUAUCAAUAUAUAAUUGUUCGACAGCGACCUUGUAGGGUUUGAGGCCUUUUGCUUCUAAAUCUCUCUAAGGUUACGCGAAGGGUACUAGCUAAAUUGCUAACAGGCUAAAGCUAUAUACUACGAAGAAUGAGGAUUGAAAGCACAACAGUUUCAUAAUACAAUUAUUACAUCCAACGUUUCGUGACAGAUAAAUUAUGACAAACGCAGAGUUUUGUAACUGCCAAUCAAGGUUAUUUUAGAAUAACCGUAUAUAUAAGACAAGCAAACGAUAACGUAUGCUUUUAUGGUGUAUUUAUGAACAGUUAUAUUCGUCAUCGCGUAACUAACAAAUUUAUCCAUAAUUAGUUCUUAAAUAUUAAUUGUUUGUACAUAAUCUAAAGCUGCAGUUGAAUAAUUGUCAUGCUCUAGAAUGGGAUGAAAUCCUUUCUCUUGGUCGGCAGGUGGAAGAGGAGGGUGAAACGAAAUACGAAAAUAUAGUUAAAACAAGACCGGUAAUACUGUCACUCUUUUGUUAGUAUACCUAAACAUUGCAGUAAGAUGGUCUAUGUAUGCACCUGUAUACCAGGCCUGGCAGAGUUUGUUAAAUUUACUUCAUCGCAUAUUUCUUUUGCAUUUCUACCGCCAUUUGGAAUAUGUUUGAUAAUCAUUCAACUUUGCAAUAAUAAUAGUUUGACAAAAAUCUUUCUCGAUCGCCAAAGAUAUUUUAUUAGUUCAAUCAUUGUCUGUUACGUUGGAUUUUAUAUUCAACAAUUGCGUUUUUAUUUGAAGAAUAAUAAUUCUUAAAUAAAUACUGAUAAUCACAUACAGACAUGCGUAUACUUACCGUAGAAUAUUAUAAUCGAAUGUAACAUUGGCUUAUAAUUAUUAUUGUAGCUAUCAUUAUCACUCUUAUUAAUAUUACUAAUUUAGAAAUAAUUAACCGUGGGUGCUUCGAUAACGUUUAAAAAUCAUGAUCAUGAUUGCCCAUUGGGUACCUCGAUUUGAUGAUGGCGUUGACAAAUUUUUAGUUUGUCGAAUAACUGUUCAACAUUGUAUAUUAUUGUUGAUAGAUUCGUACUGGGCGUAAAGUUUUAACUGCCGUUGAAUGUUGGUAAUAUUUUUUACUAGCAUUGUAUAUAUAUUGACUGACGUGAGAUAACGGAUUGAUAUAUUGAUAUUUUUUCAAAAAUUACAUUAACCAAUCUGGAAAGAUGUUAGAAAGCAGCUUAUGAAAUGUAUUCACAUUGAAUGCCACAACACUAUUCUGGGGUUUGCUCCUAAAAAUCCAGCAAAACGCAUUUUCACAUUUAUUGCACGAUUUCAUCUGAUAUAACAGACACCUGGUGCGAAUUUGUAGGUUCAAACUUGGAAUCCUACGUUCAAUCCUUAAGUUUUUGAUAUUAUUUCCUAUAAUGUAUAUUCAUUUCCCAUCUACACGCACGUGUGUGCAUAUGCUACGCACACGCAUAAAAGAAAAACAAACUAUCUAGUUAGUGCACCGUAAACAGAAAAUGUCACUUGCAGGUUAUAAUUACAUACGUAUUAUAUGCAUGCAGGUACUGUCUAUACAUAUACAUCUGGAGUAAAAUGAAA